UCUAUUUGCUUCAUCCUUUCAAAAAUAAGACCUCGUGUGUGUUGUUCUUUUGGUCGCCACACUGUCUUAUAUUUUUUGGAUUUUUUUUAGUUUCAAGUGAAUAGUAAAUAAUCCAAAAUGAGUUUAUACAAUUUUAAAAAGUUGAUGGUGGUUCCGCCGGCAAAGGACUUCAUCGAUAUUAUAUUAUCGAAAACACAACGAAAAACACCAACUGUUGUUCACAAAGGAUACAAGAUAUCACGAAUUCGGUCGUUUUACAUGCGAAAAGUGAAGUUUACACAGCAAAAUUUUCAUGAUCGUCUCACCCAAAUCAUUCAAGAUUUUCCAAAAUUGGAUGAUGUACAUCCAUUUUAUGCGGAUUUGAUGAAUGUUUUGUACGAUAAAGAUCAUUAUAAAUUGGCGCUGGGUCAACUUAACACCGCUCGACACUUGAUUGAUACUGUUGCCAAGGACUAUGUUCGUUUAUUAAAAUAUGGUGAUUCAUUGUAUCGUUGUAAACAAUUGAAAAAGGCAGCAUUGGGUCGUAUGGCAACGAUAAUGAAGCGUCAAGCUCCCAAUUUGGCAUAUUUGGAGCAAGUGCGACAGCAUUUAGCUCGUUUACCAUCAAUUGAUCCAUAUACACGUACGAUUAUUGUUUGUGGUUUUCCAAAUGUUGGAAAAUCAAGUUUCCUCAAUAAAAUCACCAGAGCCGAAGUUGAAGUACAGCCGUAUGCUUUCACAACAAAAAGUUUAGUUGUUGGACACACUGAUUACAAAUAUUUGCGUUGGCAAGUGAUUGAUACACCUGGAAUUUUGGAUCAUCCAUUGGAAGAGCGUAAUACUAUUGAAAUGCAGGCUAUUACUGCAUUGGCACAUUUACGUGCAUGUGUUCUUUAUGUAAUGGAUAUUUCCGAACAAUGUGGUCAUACACUUGACGAACAAGUGAAAUUGUUCGAAUCAAUCAAACCAUUGUUCACCAACAAACCAUUGAUUACUGUAAUCAAUAAAAUUGAUGUAAUGGAUUUGAAUGAUUUAUCGGCCGAUCGUAAAGCUGCACUAGCACGAAUCGAAAGUGAUGAAAAUAUACCAAUCAUGCAAAUGUCAACAAUGACCGAAUUGGGUGUGAACGAAGUUAAAGUUGAAGCAUGCGAACGUUUGCUUAGCUAUCGUGUUGCUCAAAAAAGUCGAACAAAGAAGGUUGAGGGUAUUUUGAAUAGACUACACGUAGCCGAACCGCAAAAAAGAGAUAAUAUUGAACGGCCACCAUGCAUACCAGACAGCGUUUUGAAGAAAAAACACAAAACAAUCGACGAAAAAUCAAAACGCAAAUUCGAAAAAGAUUUGGAAAUGGAAUUGGGCGAUGAUUAUACUCUCGAUUUGAAAAAGAACUACACAACAAUUCCAGAAGAUGAACGCUUUGAUGCUAUUCCCGAAUUUUUCGAAGGCAAAAAUAUUGCGGAUUAUAUCGAUUUGGACAUAUUUGAAAAACUUGAAGAAUUGGAACGUGAAGAAGGUUUGCGCGAAGAAAAUGGUUUAUAUAAUCCACCAGAUAUGACAUUGGAUCAAACAAUGAAAGAAAUUCGUGAAAUGGCCAAACAAAUUCGUACCAAACGAUUUACGCUGCGUGAUGAACGACGUUUAUCGAGCAAUAAAAACAGUUCAGCAAUUCCAAGACAUAAAAUGCCGAAAAUUAAAGAUCGAAAUGUUGACCAACUUAAAAACACAAUGGAGAAGCUCGGUGUUGACAUGUCGGGAACAGAAAAUGCCAACUUCACAAAGAAGAUCAUUGAUACAAAACGAACACUCGUACCAUUGUCAAAUAAAAAGACACCGAAAUUGGAUAAAGAAUCAUCAGCAGUUGUUCGAUCUACAGGUCAACCACUUAAGCGGGCCGCUGCACGUCAUGAACUUGGCGUUAAGGAUGUUAUUAUGAAACGUAAAUUGAAUACUAUGGCAAAGAGAGACAUUGCCAGAAAGGUAACACGAAUGUGUCUCAAAGGUGAAGCCGAUCGAUUCAUUGGUACAAAAAUGCCCAAGCAUUUAUUCUCGGGAAAACGAGGUACAGGCAAAACGGAUCGUCGUUAAGCUAUUUCGUUGCUAUUUGUAUUAGAGGAUCUUGCGGGCCUAUACCAUUUGUUUAUAAUAUCAUAAUAAAAUUUUAUCCGAAUUAAAAAUUUAUAUACACAUUGAA